AUGUCUGGACGAGAAGCAGGAGCAGGAGGUUCUGAUGGGGUUUUAUGGGAAAACCAGUCAUGGGUUAAUUUGUCCAAUUCUACUGACAAUUUUUUGUUGAACUCCAAUUCCGAGAAUUCAGCUGGUGGUGGCGAUGAGAGGGAGGAUAAAUCAGGGGAGAAGGAGAAAGAAAUGAUGGAGAGAGAAGAUCGGGUGCAACCAGAAGUAGAGCCGGUGGCUGCUCCGGGUAAGAAGACUCUGGUUAAGAAGCGAGUUGGUCGAGGUGGUGCCAGCGGUGUCAAGAAGCAUAACGGGAAGGCCACCAAGGGAAAGGGGAUAGGGAGUAGUGAUGAGGUGGUGGAAGAAGGAAAAGGAGGGGACGGUGAUUCUGAGGAUGAUCAUGAGCUGCAUAUAUACACUGAGAGAGAAAGGAGGAAAAAGAUGAGGAACAUGUUUGCCAACCUUCAUGCUUUGCUUCCUCAACUUCCUUCUAAGGCUGACAAAUCCACAAUCGUUGAUGAGGCAGUUAGCUACAUAAAAAGGCUUGAGAUCACUCUACAAUCCCUACAACAACAAAAGAGGGAGAGGAUGCGAAGUCUCCCAAGUAACAGUAUGGUCAAUCACAAUCACUCAUCAGUACGUAUGAACUCACAAAAUGUAGCCUAUGACUCAAAAGAGGCCUUCCUAGCUUCCCAUGCUUCUUCCAGUAACUUGGCCGCUGCUUCUACUACUACUGCAAAUGGAUUCAACAUCAAUCCUGAUUUCAAUCCGUUGAACCAUUCGCUCUCAACCAACUCACUUUCCACCGAACCUAUAGUGUUUGAAACCUGGACCUCAUCCAAUGUCGUGUUGAACAUGUGCAGAGAUGAAGCACAAAUUAGUGUGUGCAGCCCAAAGAAGCCAGGUGUCUUUACCCAGAUUUGCUUCAUUUUGGAGAAGUACAAGAUUGUAGUGGUAACAGCUCAUAUUAUCUCAGACUCUCAUCGCAGCAUGUACAUGAUUCAAGCACAGCCAAGCAGAGCUCCUGAUAAUCAGUUUCUGGAGAUGUUUCCAGCAGUGGAAAUAUUCAAGCAAGCUGUGAGUGAGAUAAAUGUGUGGAUCGUCUCCACUUAUUAA